AUGCUCCGAACGCAGCUCGUCUGUUGGCACCUGCUGGCUCUGCUUUUCCUCCCAUUUUGCCUGUGUCAAGAUGAAUACAUGGAGGUGAGCGGAAGAGCUAAGAAAGUGGUGGCGAAAAUAGUGCAAAGCCACCAGCAGACUGGCCGUAGCGAUUCCAGGAGGGAGAAAGUGAGAGAGCGGAGCCACCCUAAGACUGGGGCUGUGGAUAAUAGCACUUCUACAGACCUAAAACCCCUGAGACCAGAUGAGCUACCGCACCCCGGGGUAGAUGACCUAGCCCAGAUCACCCCACUCUGGGGCCAGUCUCCACAAACUGGAGGACUGCCCCCAGACUGCAGCAAGUGUUGCCAUGGUGACUACGGCUUCCGAGGCUACCAAGGCCCCCCUGGACCUCCAGGCCCCCCUGGCAUUCCAGGAAACCAUGGAAACAAUGGCAAUAAUGGAGCCACUGGCCAUGAAGGGGCCAAAGGUGAGAAAGGAGACAAAGGUGACCUGGGGCCACGAGGGGAACGAGGGCAGCACGGCCCCAAAGGAGAGAAGGGCUACCCCGGCAUUCCACCAGAACUGCAGGGUGUAUAUUUCUUCACCUUCAGUAUGAUGAAGCAUGAGGAUGUAGAGGAGGUGUACGUGUACCUUAUGCACAACGGCAACACAGUCUUCAGCAUGUACAGUUAUGAAACAAAAGGGAAAUCAGAUACAUCCAGCAACCAUGCAGUGCUGAAGCUGGCCAAAGGGGACGAGGUUUGGCUGAGAAUGGGUAAUGGCGCUCUCCACGGGGACCACCAGCGUUUCUCCACCUUUGCAGGCUUUCUGCUCUUUGAAACUAAGUAA